CCGAACUGUUCGAUAUUUUGAAGAAUAUUUGAAAAUUUAGAUAUAGAUAAAUAUGAUAUAUUUCUAAUAUAAUAAGAAGUGAAAUAAUAUUUUUUGAAAAAUGAAACUAUUACGAGCGAUUAUUGAUGAUGUUAUCAUAGAACCAUCUAAAAUUCAACCAAUUAUUGUUAAUUUUCAAAAUGGAGAACUCAAAGAUGAGGAAGCUAAAAAAAUGUCUUGUGGAUUAUUUUAUGAUCAAAAUAAAAAGAAAACAAUGUUGGCUUUAUCAAAUCAGCAAAUUGUUUAUAGAGGUUAUAAACCAGAUACAACUCAAGAUCUGAUGCGUACUAUGCUUGUACUUCAUAAUAAAAAAACAGGAAAAGCAAGAUUGGUCCAAGUUGAACGUUGGCAAGUGACUCCAAUUUUGGAAAAAUCAGCAAUUAAGGAUAAUAAAGAAGCUGAAGAUGAAAAGAUUGCUAUAUUGAACAAACAAUUUGGUUCAAAGAAGGUGAAAAGAAGAACAGAACAAUUUGAAAGAUUAAAAGUAAAUGUAGAAUCUAUUAAAGAACAGCUUGAGGAAACUGUAUCUAAUGUUGAAAUUGAUAGAAUGGAAUUAUCAACACAAUUGUCAAAUAAUGAAUAUAUUACAAAUACAACUUUGCCAGAAUGCAAUAGAGAAGCUACUAAUGUAAACGAUAUAUAUAACAUAUAUGAUAUUGUAUCAGAAAAUAAAUUGGAAAAUUUGUAUAAUAAUGUUAAAGAAAUCUUAAAUAACAAUUCUAAUACUUUAGAAGAAAAUUCAAAAUUUUUUAUUCGAACAUUACAAUACUUGAAAUCUGAUUCAGAUAAUCUUAAAAAAAUUGCGUUAUUAAUUUAUAUUCAAGCAAUUGCAACAUGGUUAAAUAUGCCAAUUAAAGAUGCUAAAAAACGUGGUAUUAAAGUUUGUUUAGUAUCUGAAGAAAUUAAUUCAUAUAUAAUAAACACAUAUAGUGUUCAGAGUAAUCAUGGACGGCUGAGGCCAACUAGUGUAAAAGAUAAAGGAGUGAUACAUUGUAUGAUAUUAGCUUUAAUAAUUUGCAACUUUACGUUAGAUUUAGAAUUAUUUGCAACUAUAUUCAGUCACCGUAUGGGUUUAAAAAAAUUGACAGAUCUUGCCAGAAUUAUUGGUGCUUUACCCAAUAAAGAAGAUAAAAAAAUUGUCACUUUGAAAAUACCAUUACCAGCACCAGUGUCUAUUAUAAAGAAAGGAAAAAGAAAAUAGAUAUUAAAUAUGAUUUUAUUAUUGUAAAACAUUGUUUUAAUAAAGGACGAAAUUAUGAAAAAUGAAUUUAUAAAUAAAUAA